AUGCGGGUGCUGCGUGCAUUCGAACUUGCUGAAGAGCAAGAGCUGCCCUGUGUGGCUUGUGACCACUGUGCUUAGUGGGGAAGAAGAAGAAGAGUUGCCAAGAAGGAGAAGAGCCUGUUUUCGACGCGGUUCGCUGAAAGGGCAGCAUCAGCGCUCACCAUGCUGAUAUUCCAAAAGACAGGCUUCUUCAAAGGCUCGGCCAGCACUCAAGGAAACAACAAGGGUGAGAGCCCGGAAGCGAAGCCAAGAACCAUCGGGCCUGAGAAAUGCUUAAUGAGGACAGGAAUCGUUGCAUCCGUCGCCGUGCUCACCAUAAUGGGCUACGUUUUAAUUGCCCCGGCGUUCAGUAGAUUUGCCGGAAAAGAAGACAACGUGUGUCGCACGCGGGCGUGUCUCCUGUACGCGUACUAUCUCGAAAGAUCCCUCAACAAGACUGCGGAUCCCUGCGACAACUUUUACAACUUUGUGUGCGGAUUCUGGAAGACUCCCAGAAAAGGCCUAACGUCCGUGGGCGAGGUACUCUACAACCACGUGGUGAAAGGGAUCACAUCCAAGGCGCUUAACCACGAUGCCUCCGGGCUAAGUCGGGCCACUUUCAAAGCCGCGAUCAUGUAUAUGGACUGCUUAGCGGCGUAUCGUGACGCGGAAGGCAACGCGAAUACCCUGAAAGACUUUAUGCAGGCCAACCACCUCUCCUGGCCCAGUCCUGAACCCGAAGGCGUGCACCCGCUGGACGUUCUAGUCAGCCUGGCGACACGGUGGCACAUUGAAUUCCUCUUCAAAGUAGCAUUGCACAAAGCUGGUGAGAAGCAGUUCGUGUUAAUCUAUCCAGGAUUCAAUGCACACGAAUUUACGCACCAGAACACGGAGCCGGACAACUUUCAUCAGUAUGUUGAGCUGCACGCAAAACUGUUCGGUUCCGCUAAAGCCGUGUCCGCUGAGCAGCUACUGGAAACUAGGAUUUUGGUUCUGCAAAAGCUGGCUCCUCUGCUGGGGAAAGGUAAGCCAAGAAGUGCUGUGUUUCCAGUUCUCUCUAUCAAAAAUUACACAAGCACCGUCGAUGGGGUUACGUGGACAGGUUUCUUGAACAAGCAUCUCCACAAAGGCAGUUAUGCGCUGCGAUUUCAUAACGUUACCGUGAACGACGACGUCUUUACUAGCGACCUACGCGUAUUGGAGGCGAUAGACGCCCUGCUCAGCAUACCUCAUCCUCAGCUGUUGAAUUACAUCACCUGGAAGUUUGUGGAGAGAUUCGGAGAAAAGAUAAGCAUGAACAUAUCGUAUUUGCGCUUGCCAGUGGCGGGAUUAUCUUAUGAGCGGGGCUGUAGCACGUUCGUAGAGGAGAUUUACGGGUAUGCGUUCACUACUCCCUACACGUGGUCCAAAAUAAGGGAAGCAGAAAAAAACGCUAUAAACGCUUUGCUUCACGAAGUGACCAACGCGACUUGGCAUUUCGUUCGUGCUUCGUCCUGGUCCACUGAGGCCAAAGACAGUGCCGUAGGAAGAAUUGCUGACAUGCAGACAUGGCUCUGGGUGACGGACAAGACGGAUUAUUCCACAGACUUAAACAACCUCUACCGUCUGUUUGCGAUAAAUCUCCGAAACUUUACCGGGAGCUGGAUUGAAGCCGCAAAGGAUCUGUGGUACAAGACAAACACCCGAGACUUCAUUCGGUACGUAGCGACAUCGUACCCUUCAGGCUCCAGCUACUUGCACUACCUCAACUCCGCUAUACUUCCAGCGACGUUGGCAUUUCAGCCCUUGUACGACGCGGACAUAAUGGACGUCAUCAACUACGCUGGGCUGGGAUCGCUGUACGCAGAGACCAUAGCCCACGCAUUCGACUCCGCUGGCAUCAUGUUCGACAGCGCAAAUAACGUGAAGCCGUGGAUGUCGGGCGAAACAUUGGGGACCUACACGAAGAAGCUAGACUGCUACGGGGAUCGCCAAGGCACGCCCGUCAUGUGGUCCUCGAUAGGAAUGGAGAGUUCGUUCAGAGCGUCGAGAGAGUCGCGUUCGAAACAGCCGUAUUCGGCGAUGGUGAACCUGACUUCGUUUAGCGUCGACCAGUUAUUUUUCGCGGCAUAUUGCUUUCCUGCUUGUGGCGAAAGGGACCGCACGCCGAAUUUGUUCACGGUACGAAGCAAAGAGGCCUGCAUGUAUGCUAUGCAGAAUUCGCAGCAAUUCGCAGAGGCAUUCUACUGCGCUCCAGGCACGAAAAUGAACCCUGCUAACAAGUGUACCUUUUGGACGUAAUGCUUCUGUUGGGAGUGAAUUUAUAGUUUGCCUAUUACGCUGUCUUCUGUAUAGUACUCAAAGAAUUCUCAUAGGAAAAGUGUAGUGGAGCCACCAGUUGGCGAAUAUUGCUGCUGAAAAAAACGUUACUAUAAAUGAAAUUACCUGCA